AUGGCAGAACCUCACAUGAAGACGGCGGGCGUGGCGCAAUACAUUCGGCACCAGGAUGACGUACCAGCUAAUGCCAUCACUCCCACAGAUGCUGUAAUGGAUGAGUUUAAACAGCUCAAGAUGCGACGCAAGUACCGUUACAUUCUCUUCCGUAUUGAAGCUGAUAAGGUGAUUGUGGACACGACGGCGUCGUCUUCUGCUACAUUUGCAGACUUUAAUGCCUCUUUACCCGACUCGGACUGUCGUUACGCUGUUUACGACCACGAGUUCGUGACGGCUGAUGGUCGUAAGUCCAGUAAGCUCUUUUUUGUGACGUGGAUACCACAGAAUUCGCAUCCAGGCUUUAAAAUGGCCUACACACACGCUAAAUCCGCCAUUCAGAGCGUGUGUGAAGGCUGCUUUGAGGUCAGUGCCGUCAUGAAGAAGGAGAUCGCACAGGGUAUGGACAUUACGGACGGUAAUGCCUCUGACUCAGACAGCGAGUUCGAAGACGACUGA